CGAGCACACACCUCUGUCUCUGCCUGGUAACAACAACACACGUUUUGAUUUUCCCCUCUUGCAUAUGCGACAAAGGAACUUGAACCGAGACACCUCCUGAAUCUCCUAAUCACAACUCGAAAACUCGGAACACCGGAAUUCAAAACGUACCACGGGAGCGAAGGAACGUUUUGGGAACCAAACACCUCGACCUGAAUCAUUAGGUAGAUAACCCAAAGAAAACGACGAUUACGGGUCCACGAAACCUGCGAGAGCCAACUCCCCCACCCGGCCCUCCCCUUGCAACCAUGGCCAACGUGAACUGGCGGACGAUCAACGUCGACGCCUACGACCCUGACUCGGCGCUCAACUUCCCCAUGACCACCCUCCUCCCCGCCAACCUCCCGGCGCCGUCGACGUCGGCCGAAUCGGCGCAGAUAGGUCAGCAGGUCCGCCAACUGCUCCGGGCCGGCGACAGCCUGGGGGCUCUCCAGUCGGCCCUCGAGACCGCUCCCUUUGCGGGCGACGAGUCGGCGAAACAGGUCCACCUCACCACGGUGCUCGAAGUGCUACAGGGGAUCAGGCAGAGCGACGUCGGCAGGCUACUCGGCGAGAUGCUCAGACAGCCCGGGGGCGCCGCCCUGGGGGACACCCUGAUGAAGUACGUCUACAAGGGCAUGGCGAGCGGGGCCGGCGGUGGCGGCAACAGUAACAAAGGUACGAGCCCUCAGGCCACCGGGUCGGGAUUCAGUCAGAUCCAGGGCAGAAAUUUCGGGGAAGGCGGUGGCGGCCAGGUGAUGAGCGUGCUGCUCAGCUGGCACGAGAAAUUGACAGAGGUGGUUGGCGUGGGAGGUAUCGUCAGGGUCAUGUCUGAUCGGAGGACGGUAUAAAAGCGACAAAAAAGAAUCAAGGCGGGAGUUGUCGAAAUGGUUCAACAUGAUGGCCUGUUUAUGACUUCCCUCGGGGAAGAGGGACCUGGCAAAGGCUGUGUAUGUACUACGGUUCUGAUAGAAACAAGCAACGCCGACAAGCCACUUGAAUCCACAAAAGAAAAAAAAAAGCAAUGGUGUUGUGUGAGUGUCACCGACAGAAACAAAACAAUUCCAUCUGGGGUAUCAUUGAAAAGACGCCCGCUUUAAUCGCCUACUCACUUCAACAAUCGACUCGCCCAAUGCCCAAGACCAUCCAAUAACUCAGUUCCCUCUUCCCGUCGUCGGCGUCUUCGCCUUCCUCGAGGAGCUUGUCCUUUUUGCGUCGCUCGAUCAUCGCAUCCUCGUCCGUG